AUGGCAAACCAGACGCUGGAAAAUGUACUUAUUCAUACUUUCCGAUCUCGUUCUGACCCUGAAUACGUCGAUCCAAGUCUGGUGCCAUUAUUCUUCUCUGAGAUCGGUAUGGCUAUGUAUUUCAAUGUAGCGCUGUUGACUACCUUGGUAUACCAUGCUCCAACGACUAUGGAUAGAGAGGUGAAGUACUUCUGGGUGCGUUUAAACUCAGCUCUGUACAUGCGAGUACCAAUGACAAGGAUGAAGGGCAAGCCGCUUAGCCUAACAAGUCUGGUUUAUUUCAUAAAUCGCUAUAUGGGAAUUCUGGGACAGGUCUGCAGCAUUUUACGUGAGUAA